CUCGCAUCCUCAUCCACCUCCUCCCUCCCCCCAAUUCACCCACAGUGUACUCUAUAAUAACCGCUUUUCCAUUCCUUUCCGCGCGCCAUCUUCUUUUCCCUCCAUCCCCUUUUGUUAUACCCACACACAAUCAGGCAAGAUGAUGUCUGCACGCUUCUCAAGAGCUCUUCCCAGAGCUACCAGCUCCGUCCGCUCAGCCGGCUUCGCUCGCCAGCCCUUCGCCUCAAAGUUCGCUCGCUAUGAGUCAACAGCAUCCGAGGGCAAGGUCACGGGCUCCGUGAUCGGUAUCGAUCUCGGUACCACUAACUCUGCCGUCGCCAUCAUGGAGGGCAAGGUUCCCAAGAUUAUCGAGAACGCUGAGGGUGCUCGCACAACGCCGUCCGUGGUCGCCUUUGCUCAGGAUGGCGAGCGUCUCGUCGGUGUCGCCGCCAAGCGUCAGGCCGUCGUCAACCCCGAGAACACCCUCUUCGCCACCAAGCGUCUCAUCGGUCGCAAGUUCACCGACGCUGAGGUCCAGCGCGACAUCAAGGAGGUUCCCUACAAGAUUGUCCAGCACACCAACGGCGACGCCUGGGUUUCUGCUCGCGACCAGAAGUACUCUCCCUCGCAGAUUGGUGGAUUCGUCCUCAACAAGAUGAAGGAGACGGCCGAGGCCUACCUCUCCAAGCCCGUCAAGAACGCCGUCGUCACCGUCCCUGCCUACUUCAACGACUCCCAGCGUCAGGCCACCAAGGACGCCGGUCAGAUUGCCGGCCUCAACGUCCUCCGUGUCGUCAACGAGCCCACUGCCGCCGCCCUUGCCUACGGUCUUGAGAAGGAGGAGGACCGCGUUGUCGCCGUCUACGAUCUUGGCGGUGGUACUUUCGAUAUCUCCGUCCUCGAGAUCCAGAACGGCGUCUUCGAGGUCAAGUCUACCAACGGUGACACCCACUUGGGUGGUGAGGACUUUGACAUCCACCUCGUCCGCCACCUCGUCCAGCAGUUCAAGAAGGACUCCAACAUUGACCUGUCCAACGACCGCAUGGCCAUCCAGCGUAUCCGUGAGGCCGCCGAGAAGGCCAAGAUUGAGCUUUCCUCCUCCCUCCAGACCGACAUCAACCUGCCCUUCAUCACUGCCGACGCUUCCGGCCCCAAGCACAUCAACCAGAAGAUGACCCGCGCUCAGCUCGAGAAGAUGAUGGACCCCCUCAUCACCCGCACCAUCGACCCCGUCCGCAAGGCCCUCAAGGAUGCCAACCUCCAGGCCAAGGACAUCCAGGAGGUAAUCCUCGUCGGUGGUAUGACUCGCAUGCCCAAGGUUGCCGAGUCCGUCAAGAGCAUCUUCGGCCGUGACCCCGCCAAGUCCGUCAACCCCGACGAGGCUGUCGCCAUUGGUGCCGCCAUCCAGGGUGCCGUUCUCUCCGGUGAGGUCAAGGACCUUCUCCUCCUCGACGUGACUCCCCUCUCCCUCGGUAUCGAGACCCUCGGCGGUGUCUUCACCCGUCUCAUCAACCGCAACACCACAAUCCCCACCAAGAAGUCCCAGACCUUCUCCACCGCUGCCGACUUCCAGACCGCUGUCGAGAUCAAGGUCUAUCAGGGUGAGCGUGAGCUCGUCCGUGACAACAAGCUCCUCGGCAACUUCCAGCUGGUCGGCAUCCCCCCUGCCCACCGUGGUGUCCCCCAGAUCGAGGUCACCUUUGACAUUGACGCCGACUCCAUCGUCCACGUCGGUGCCAAGGACAAGUCCACCAACAAGGACCAGUCCAUCACCAUUGCCUCCGGCUCCGGUCUGUCCGACUCUGAGAUUGAGCAGAUGGUCAACGACUCUGAGAAGUACGCCGAGGCUGACAAGGAGCGCAAGGGCGCCAUCGAGGCCGCCAACCGCGCCGACUCUGUCCUGAAUGACACUGAGCGCGCGCUCAACGAGUACGCCGAGAAGCUCGACAAGACCGAGGCCGACGGCAUCCGUGAGAAGAUUGCCUCCCUCCGCGAGUUCGUCUCCAAGAGCUUGGCCGGCGAGGGCAACGCCACCGCCGCCGAGAUCAAGGAGAAGACCGACGAGCUCCAGGUCGCCUCCCUCAACCUCUUUGACAAGAUGCACAAGGCCCGCGCCGAGUCUGGCGAGCAGCCCGCUCAGGACGCCAACGCCGAGAACAAGGACGAGAAGAAGCCUUAA